AUGAAAGCACUAGAGGAUAGGAAGGAUGUGUCAGCUGUAAAGUUUCGAGAGCUAUUGGAUGAAAUCAUCACCGCAAACACUCUGGUGGACGUUGACUUCUACUCUAGUGCCCCCCAUCACUUCCACAAUGAGGCCUUCAUCCAGGGACGUGAGCUCAUCACUAAAGGCGUGGUCAGCAUUAGAGCCAGCCUACGAGAAGACAAAAUGGCAGCAGCAAGGCGGACCUUGGGUACCAUCAGCCACAGUCUUCAGGAUUUCUACAGUCACAGUGACUGGAUUGAGUUGGGAAAUACAAAACCAUAUGCCAGUCUACUCCGGGCAGACCUCCCUUUGGAAAAUAUUGCAGAUGUUGGCACCCGAACAUGCAGAGACUGUGAAGGGUAUGAUUGUAAAAACUUGAUCCUUCCAAACAUAUUGAAGACUCACACGCUCACCUCAGGGUACAAUACAGAGGAUGGAACCAGCAUACCACCAGGUAAAUGUCACCACGGUGGUUUAUUCGAUUCUGGGAUCAAUAAAGAUGACCCGGCAACUUCCCUGGCUCCAGGAGAACCUGACCCUCAUGAUCUUGCUGCAAAGCUAGCCACUGAAGCCACAGUAGACCUACUGCGAAAUAUUCGGAACACGGCAGGGGACCAUCUAUUUCUGAAGAUGCUGGGCAUCAGUCGUUCCACCGCCGUGUGCUUUGUGAUCGAUACCACAGGAAGCAUGGGUGAUGAUAUAGCUGAGGUCCGAAGACUAACCAAUGAAAUUGUCGACAGAAAACAAGGAACAAAUGAUGAACCUUCUCUGUAUAUCCUUGUUCUGUUCAAUGACACAGAUGUGGGACCAGUCAAGGGUACCGCUAAUGUGGAUGAAUUUAAGAAGAUGCUGGCUGAAAUUGUUGUGGAUGGAGGUGGAGAUGAACCUGCGAAAAGUCUCUCUGGACUACAGCUGGCCCUCACUACAGCACCUCCUUCAUCUGAAAUUUACCUUUUCACCGAUGCCUCUGCCAAGGACAAAGAAUUAGAAGGGGCGGUCCGUUUUCUAAUUAGUAGUACCAAGUCAAAGGUAUCGUUCCUGCUAAAAAACAUCUUGUCUAGAAGAAGGAAGAGGAGGAGUGUGGUGUCAAACCGUGAUAACAUACUGUACAAGAAACUAGCCAAACUAUCUGGUGGACUGGCCAAUGAGGUGUCCAAGAGCACCUUGCCUCUAGCCACUAGUGUUAUAAUGGAUACCGUUUCUUCUUCACUGGUAAACCUGUUUCAGGUGUCCGUGGAUCCAGGAAGGGACAAGACUUUCUCAUUCCUGGUGGAUCCAUCAGUGCACAAUGUGUCCAUUUACAUCAUUGGAUUUUCUGCGAGCUUUACACUGAAGAGCCCCACAGGCCACAGUGUGCUGGAUUUCCUGUACAAAUUCAUCAGAUAUUUCGAGGGCCUUCAUCCUGGAUUUGUGGAGACAGAAGGACGCCCAUCAGCAGAGGGAAAUUCGACUCUCAUGUUGAGAGUUGUAGGUGCUGACUCCCUGUCUGGAGUAGAGCUGUCAGUCUUGGAUCCAAGAGGUUCAUCUACACUGAGACCCAGCAUGAGGGAGCUGGGCAGGGGGAUGUUCUUUGCUUUCUUUCCAACCCUUCCAGCUGGCCAAUUCACACUGCAGCUGAGGGGUAAAAAUGACGGACACCAGUUUCAACGACAAUCACCCCAACGGCUUGAAGCUUCACAGAUCUCCAUACAGGUGCAGAGGAUUCUCAUUCUUCACCCUGGAGUUCCUUUAUCUGUCCCCUUCAAUGUGACUGCGAGUGGGGAUAUGGAUACAGUUACAAUACAAGUUCGAGCCACACAGAACUUUGUGGCAUCAUUCACACCCAGCUCGGUCAAGUUGGCUGCCGGCGGCAGCGCUAUGGGUUCACUGAAACUCUUAGCCCCUCCAAGCACUCCAUCAGGUUCCGACUGCACCAUAACCAUAGUGGCGGAAUCGCACAGAAAAAGGCAGUCCAACUACGCCAUCGUCCACACGACUGUCAUGAGCAUGAUCACAGACCUGAAGCCGCCUACGUGCGUUGAGUUACACAGGAGCCCAAAAUGUCCCAUAUGGGAGAUCUCUUUAGCCAUGUCUGACGGCGACGGGACGGGCAUCGAAAAAAUCUUCCAUCGUGGCGCUGACGGCAACAUAACCAGCACCGUGACCGACAAGGAGACCUUAGUCACCUUCUCAACCUCUUGCUUUGAGGAGAGUGUGGAGUUUGUGGCUGUGGAUCAUGUUGGUAAUGCAGGAACGUGUUCGUUCACAAUCAGUACCCCUCCAAAGAGUACUUAG